CUACGUCAGUCUUACGCAUUCCCCUUCCAGACAACAACAUACCCCUGCUCAGUGUUAGAAGUUGAAUUCCGAGGGCGCUAAUAUGAGAAGAAACUACCAGUGAAAACACUCUUGGGGAACUAAUAAGCAGGCCUGUGAAGGAUGGUAUGAUGGUAUUGUCCUGCUAGCUGGAAAAACUAGCGUUAAACUGGAUUGUCCUGGAGUCAGAAAGGACGGCUUGUCCCCGAUACUCUGCUAGCGGUUUAGGGUCUACUGGAAAAAAAAUGAGGUUCGCCCAGUUUUUGUUGAAAAACGGCUCGUUGGCUGGAAUACCGAAACAAGUGGAGAGGUUUUCCAAGUUCUCUCCAUCCCCGUUAUCCAUGAAGCAGUUUAUUGACUUCGGCUCUGCCAAUGCGUGUGAGAAGACGUCCUUUGUGUUCCUCCGACAGGAGCUUCCUGUCAGACUGGCCAAUAUCAUGAAAGAAAUUGAUUACCUCCCUGACAAGCUUCUUGGGACUCCAUCUGUAAAGCUCCUGACGAGCUGGUAUUCACAGAGUUUGAUGGAGCUGGUUGACUUUUUAGAAAGAGAUCCGGAUGAUAAAGAUGUCCUAAAAAACUUCACACAGACUCUCGUGAAUGUCCGGAACCGGCACAACAACGUGGUGCCCACCAUGGCUCAGGGUGUGCUGGAGUUCAAGGAGGCGUUCGGCGUGGACCCCGUCACCAACCAGAAUGUCCAGUACUUCCUGGACCGCUUCUACAUGAGCCGAAUCUCCACACGCAUGCUCAUGAACCAGCACACAUUAAUCUUUGACGGCAGCGUAAAUCCGGCCCAUCCCAAACAUAUUGGCAGCAUUGACCCCAGCUGUGACGUGGUGGAGGUCGUAAAAGAUGCCUAUGAGACCUCAAAAAUGCUGUGUGAGCAGUAUUACCUCACCUCUCCUGAUAUGGAGAUCAAGGAAGUCAACUCUAAAAGCCCCGGCCAGCCCAUCCACAUCGUAUAUGUUCCAUCACAUCUGUACCACAUGCUGUUUGAGCUCUUCAAGAAUGCGAUGAGAGCCACCGUAGAGACACAUGAGACAAGCCCGACGCUGCCCCCAAUUAAAGUCCGCGUUUCCCUGGGCAUUGAGGACCUUACUAUCAAGAUGUCGGACAAAGGUGGUGGCGUCCCCUUGAGGAAGAUUGAACGUCUCUUCAGCUACAUGUACACCACGGCUCCCAGUCCCGUCCAUGUAGACAUGUCCAGAAACGCUCCUCUGGCUGGUUUCGGUUAUGGCCUGCCCAUCUCUCGCCUUUACGCUAAGUAUUUCCAGGGAGACCUGCAGCUCUACUCCAUGGAGGGCUACGGCACCUCAGCUGUCAUAUAUUUGAAGGCCCUGUCCUCAGAGUCAGUGGAGAGACUUCCUGUUUUCAACAAGUCUGCCCUGCGGCAUUACCAGACCAGCACAGAGGCGGACGACUGGUGCAUGCCCAGCAAGGAGCCUAAGAAACUGGGCAAGUAUGACAGGACCCAGUGAAAGUGGACCGAAGAGAAAAUGGAAGAGACUCUAAAAUAGAAUAAAUGAAAGUGUAAAAAAUGAAGGACGUUAUCAGCAUGUUGUUGAACUUGGAUUUGUCUGUGUGACAUCUAGGAUGUUCUCUCAGACGAGAAAGUUUUAAGAAGCUUGUGAUGAAAAACUUGCUUUCAAAGAAAAUGAUAAACUUAUUUCAGACCAGCUUCUGAAAAGUUUCACAAAACCUCAUUCACCACAUAUAAGUUUGUGCUGCUAAUUUCGUUUUUUGUUUUUUUUUUCUCCUCAAUCAUCACGCUCAGGCACAACUAUUUAACUUUUCUCUUUUGAGAAGCGUCUUCACAUGCAAACAUUAAAAAAGUUUGGAGAAUAUGUACACAUGUAUUCCCACUGUAACUUUUACUGUCACUUGCAAUCAUUGCUCCAGAUUCCACAUCCACAGACAGCCUCACCCACUGGUCUUCCAGGUGUUUUUCUUUAGUGUUUGUAGAAAGGUUUUUUUUUUUUUGCAAAUGUCACUCCUUUAACAUUUCUCUAACAUUUUAAUGCUGAGGUGCGUGUGUGAAAAGACGGACAAACAAUCCUCGGUUACUAACAGUCCUAUGUAAGGUGUUUGUGUCCAUGGCUUGGAAAGCCCAGCUGAAAGCAGCCGGCGCGGGAUCACUCAGGUUAAAUAUGAUGAGCGCAGCAUCACAAAGGGAGCAAAGUCAGCAUUGCUUAAUUUACGCAGCCUCCACUACUAAAAAACAUAGGCAAUAAUUUGUUCUGUAUUUUGUGAUUUUAAAAGUGAGAUGGAAUCUAAAUCUGAUUUUUUUUUUUUUUUUUGCUAAAAAAUUGUGAAAGAUUUUCUUACUUACUGUAGCAUCGAAUCCAUAAAUGCUGAAUUUCCUAAAACCUAAAAUGGCUAACGGCUGCCGGGUUUGGUUUGGUUUGGACAGAACUAAACAAACAGUUUUUCAGUAUUUCCUAAAGUAACUGUCAAAACUUGCAUAGCAGAUUAAGUGUUUUGUAAUGAUUCAUGUGUUUUUGUCAUUCAGUUUUCAUUUUAAAAUGCUGCGUAGGAAUGCAAUGCAAAGCAUGUAGAAGAGAAGGCAAUUAAUGUUCCUUUAUUUUUAUUUUUCUGCUAGUGAUCCAUUUUUUUAAAGGUUAAAACAAACUAGAUAGGCCAGCAUGGGACAGCUUUAGUCCACAUGGCAGAUGCAUCAUGUGCAGCUUACAGAUCUAAGGAACAACAAUUGCUGCCAAACACAUGUGUUUUCUUGUCUGGGAUAGACAAUAGCAGCCACUCUCCACAUAUAGUAAUAACACAGGUAUUUGGACAAAGAGUCUUGUUGCUAAGUUGACCAUUAGCAGUAACCCACUGAAAACAUUUGGUGCCUUACCACCCAAUAUUUCGCUCCUAGAGUAAGACGGAGAAAAUAUUUCAGUAAGAAAAACCACUAAUGAGGUCUGACACAGUGCUCUGUGAAAGUCUUUGGCCAUUUUAUGUGAAAGACCAACACAAAGUAGUGCGUGAUUGUAAAGAGGGAGAAAAUGGUACAUCGUUUUCAGAAAUGUUUUACAAAUAAAUAUCUGAAAAGUGUGGCACACAUUUGUAUUUAGCCCCUCCUGAGUCGGAGUGUGAGUCUUUAGGGGUAUGCCUAUACCAGCUCUUCAAGACUAGACACUGAAACCAUUUGUCUUUGUAAAAAUAUCUUAAGCUUAGCCAGAUUGGAUGGAGAGUGUUUGUGGACAGCAGUUUUAAAGAUUUGACACUGAUUGUCACUUAGAUUCAGGGUCUUUGACUGGACCAUUCUAACACAUGAUUAUACUUUGAUUUGAGGUAUUCUAUUGCAGUUUCCUUCUGAAAGGUGAAGAUCCAGCCCAGUCGGAAGGCUGCAGCAUUUAACAGUUUUCUUUCCAGGUUUGCUGUGUGUUUUUCACCAUCUACUUUCUUAUCAACUUUGUCCAACUUCUCUCAGUGCUGUACAUAAACCUUCCCCACAGCAUGAUGCUGCCACCACCCAAUUUCAAAGUGGGGAUGGUGUGUUCAGGGUGAUGCGCAGUGUUAGUUUUCCUCCACACAAAGUUCACUUUUGUCUGAGCUGACCAGAGGAGCUUCUUCUACAUCCUCGCUGUAUCCCCCUGUGGAAACAGAACGUCAUAUCAUCUUCUUUGAACAAUGGCUUCCUUAUUCACGCUCCUCCAUAAGCACUGAAUUUGUGGAGUGCACGACUAAUAGUUGUCCUGUCAGCUGAUUCUUCUAUUUGAACUGUGGAUCUCUGCAGCCCCUCCAGAGUUACCAAUGGCCUCUUGGCUGCUUCUGCCUAUCAGUUAACCCCUAAUUAUUCACUACUUUGUGUCAGUCUAUUUUAUAAAAUCCCUUUAAAAUACAUGGAAGUGUUUAGUUGUGACAGAACAAACUGUAGAAAAGUUUAGGGUUAUGAAUAGUUUGACCUCGUGAAAAAAUUGAAUCUUCUCUCCUCAGUGAUUUGCAGAUUCAUUUUUUUUUAUUUUGUUUUGUGAUGACUUUACAACUCUUAGCUUUUCUUUGGAAGCGGGGUUGAUUAUUUAAAUAGCUUAUUUUGAAAGUUUGAUGGCCGUGGUUCAUGAUUAAUUAAAGAAAACUGCCCUUCUGCCCUGUGAUAUGACACACGGUGAGCCAUCGCCUUGUUAUCGUUAACUGACAAGAUUACAAAAACACACAGAGACUUCGUUGCAGUUGACCUGUAGGAGCAGCUAAGAGGAAAGCUGUAUUGAUCUAACUGAUAUGGCCUUACACGCUGGGAUAACAUAUUACCAGUCAUAUACCAGACUCAUUUCGGUUUUUUUCAGUUGUCCAUUCUGCCUACGCUUUGUUUAAAACUUCCAGUAUUACUUCAUUGAUUAUUGCAUGUCCAGUUUUUACAAGAAUGACUUAAAGGCCAAGUGUUACCGCUGAGCUCAGCGUGUGGUUCGUCACAAAACGGAUUGUUUCAUAUUACCUCCCAUUAUGUCAUUUUGUUUGAUUUCAUAUUUGCAGCUUUCAAAAUGUUAUUGAAUUGUAAACGUUGCCACCACCUGACAUAAUGUUAACAUGUGAUCUCCGAAGUGUUUGCUUGAAACUAAAAAUCUGGUUCCAUUUUAAAAGAACUUAAUCAAUAAAUGUGUUUCUGGUGUGUAAACACUUCUGUGUGCCUCUGCUCCUCUGUAAUAACUGGUGGAACUGUUGUCUCCCUCCACCUCCUCCUCUUCCUCUAUCUUGUUUUUGGAAACUUUGGUCGGUUUGUCAGUGACCAUAGCAGACACAGUCUAGUGGUUUUUCAUGGCCGGCUGCCAUCAGGAGCUGGGAACAGACUGUUCUGGUUUUUGAACAGCUUCAUUAGCGUGCCUGGUGAUUUUGUGCUGUGUUUCUGUCACCUUUCAGUUUGCCUGUUUCUGCUCUGUUUUUUCACCUUUUCAUUACAAAUUAUUUGGAUGAAUGCAGUAUUAAAACUGGAUUAUUACAAGAUAGUUAAAGAGCAUUAAAAAAGUAAAGUACCCUUAAA